AUGCAGGCCAGAAGAUCUGCCAGUCCAAUUUCAGUCCAUUCACCCCGCUCCUCUAAAUCACAUGUCAGCACAAAAUCUCCUUUAAGCGCAAGAGAUUUUAGGGAAAAGAAAACGGCUUUUUCCAAGGGCUUACCUGGCGCUGAUCUUAAAGAAAUAGAGAGAAGUUUAACUAAUGAGCUGCAAACGGUUACGUUACGGCCGGAAUAUAGCAAGCAAGACCGUUUUAUGGUGCACAAACAUGCCUUUGAUCAACUCAUCGAGAGCAAAGCUGUUGUCUAUAAGUCUCUUUUGUCAGAGAUAAAAGCAGAAUAUGAACAAUUUAUUGAGACAUUAGAAAGAGGUCAAAGUCAAACUAUCUAUCUACAGGGAAUGUUAAAAGCUCUGCUGUCAGAGAAAGCAAACGUACGAAACUUCGCUUUAAGAGGAGAUGAGUUAGAAGAUAAAGUUGAAAAGCUCCAAGAACACAACAAAAAGCUUAGGCUAAAGCUUCAUGCCCUUAGAGCAGAGAGGGCAAGGAGGUUGGCUUCAGCAGAGAGUAAAUCGAUGCAUUCAGUAGCGAAAGAGAUGCGUCUCUUAAUUCCUGGACUAUCACUUCAGGACCUAACUGAUUUAACAACUUUAAGGAAGACACUCAUUAGAUUAGAAGCUCAAGUUAAGGAACUCAAAGAAGCGACCAAAACAAAGUUUGUAGACAAAGGGCAGAAACAGGUCUUAAAGCAACAGCUAGUGAAAAAGGAAAAUGCUCGAGGAGAAGUGUUCACCUAUCAUGAGCAACUACAAGAAAGAUGUGGGACUCUGAAGGUAGCUGUUGAGGUAAGCAAAAUAUUAUUUGUGUUAACCCUUUAAACCCUAAGAUUAAAAUUUGAAUUCUCAUUUGUUGCCCCUAUUCAUUUCCUGCAGAAGUAGUGGGGAGAAAUUGAUAAAAUAUCAAGCAAAUUCAUCUUGUGUGAUCAUGUCCGUGUAAUUCUCAUGACCACUCUGUUUUACAAAGCAUCGACAUUAUAAGGAGAAAUUUGAUGCUGAUCACUCUUAGCGCUUAAAGGGUUAAGGUCCACACUAACCAAUCUGUCACCCUGGCAUGUAAGGUAAUCAAAGAUAGUAUUGGAUUCUGGAUUCCAGCCUGUGGAUUCUAGAUUUCAAGUACUGGAUCCGGAUUCCUAGUCAGUGGAACUUGGAUUCCAGAUUCCAUUAUUUGCAGAAUUUCAGGGGUUUCUUGGUAAAUAUUUUUUCAGUGGGGGUGGGCAUUUUACUUUGCUGUGAAAAGCCUACCCUAAAUACCAGACCAAGAAAUUCUGAUUUCAGGCAAAAGGCCAAAGAAGGUACCAUAACUAGUAAUAUAAAGGUGAUUGCCUGGAAAGAGGAAUAAAACUCUUAAGUUACUUGUAAUAGACUGCCUUGUGUUUUCUUGAAUGUCAAAUAGUUUGGAGAAUUUGACAUAAGAAUUCAAAUCACAGACAUCAACAGAUCUGUCAGUAAUUCCAUUGUAAAGUUACUGAUGCAUACAGUAGGACUAAAUCAUUAAAUCUGAUUUUUUUGUCUGAUUUUGCUAUUCACAAACAGGCAGCAAAGUCAGUGGUUGAUAAUCCAGACCAAGACCUACACAUUGUAGAUGUCAUAUUCCGAGAACUGGCAAACUAUGGCAAAAGCAAGUAUGGCAAGAAGAGUGAUGCACUACAGUUCUUUGUCAGUUUUGACGAGGAUGAUCCCUUAAAGAAGAAAGAGGCAGAACGGUUAAUUGAAUAUGUGGAUCACUUUAAUGAUCUGUUCGAUUUUGGUCAGUUUGAACUGGCGGCAAUGCAUGCUGCUAACUCUCCCAUGGGAAUUCUCCGAACUUAUGAAACUAUGAUCAAGUUUAAGCAGGCUGAGUCUGUAGAUGGUAAACAGUCUCCUUUGUUGAUUUUCUGUGAUGCUCUUAUGGCAACAGCAUCGGCAGCACAACCUCUGACAGGAGCAAUGUCUUCUGAGUGUAUUCGCUGCGCUCUUCGAGAAGAACGUCUUGAUUUAGCUACCCAUUGGCUAGCUCAAGAGAAACUGACAUAUUCCAUCCCUCUUGGGGAUGCAUUUCGUGAUUAUUGUAAAUGCACAGCGCACUGUACCUGCACUUGUCUUCCCCUUGCUCAAACUGUUUACACUAAAGUUGGUGCUCAUCAUCGAGUGGUAGCUUGCCUUUGUGGACAGGAGAAAUUCUCAAUCAUGUUGAAUUAUGCAAAGGAACAUGCAAAGUUUACAACAGAGGACUAUCGAGCUGUUUUGUUAGAAAAUCCUUCCCCUGAGCUGGCAAAACUUAUGCUUAGUACUCCAAGCUCGAGCAGGAAGAUCGGCAUUCUUAACUUUGCAGCAGUUGUCGGGGCUUUUUUGGGUGACAAUCAACAUAAGAUGCUCUUGAAUGUGCUUAAGCAUCUUUCGCAAACUAACAGUCAUGAUUUGUCAGCGGUUAUGAAGGAUGCUUUGUUUAACGAAACAAAGAGCGACAACAUGAACACGGAUAGGUGGCUAGAGGUUGUCAACAUGUGUGAGGACGCUGGGUUACUGGAAAUUGGUGUUGAGAUACUUUCCAUGUUGACAAUCAGAGAGGCAUUGAACAAAGCCUCUAUUGCCUUUAGUAUGGAUUAUAUUUCAUAAUAGUACAGUUUGUGAUAAGGAAAAUGGUUUUAGUUAUCGGGUUUUGCUGGAAAAACUGGUUAAACAUGCCAUUAUUGCAGACACUGAAUUCAGGAAAAUUUGAGUUUUGUAGAGAUUCAAUUCUCUCUUCUGAAUGUAAUAUAACCAUCUGAAACCAGUGAUUUUUUCCAAGGAAAAACACCCCUUCCUAAAUUCAUGAAGUAUUAGCUACAAUAAUAAUUUACUCAUGCACUUGUUUGCCAUUAGGCACAGACUGUUGUACAGUUUCAUACACUCACAGGGCGGUGUAGCCUACCUUGCAGACAUAAUUUAAUACGGUUAGUAACAUCUGUGAAGCAGCGCCAAAAUCCUUUUCCAAUCACGACGCAUACUCAAAUCAUGGUCGACAGGUGGAGGCCCAGAGCAAGGAUUUCUGUGUUGCUUCGCAGACAGACUCAACCAGAGUUUAGUACUGUUUUGUCUGAUUCAAGAGGCUGACCCAAGAGAGGUUUGCUCACUAGGUAAGAUGGCUUUCAUUACUUUUACGGGAUUGUCACUCCAUAGACGAAAAAACUUGCUGAAUGUACAAGCAAAAUGAUGAGUUUAUGAAACCACAUGACAAAUGUACUCCCCAAAUGUAGAAUGUAAAACAAGAAAAUGACUUGAAUCUUUUUUAGUUAUUUUCUGUGUUAUUCUCACUUGAAUCUACGGUAAAUUGACUAAAAUCCAACAAAUUACAGAGAAAUGUCCCGACUGCGAAAUUCAUGGUUCGUGGCUAAAAGAUGUUUUCAGAAAUGACCAGUAUAAAUUGCAC